AUUUGUCUAAGUCAUUUUUUUAAAUGAAGGAAAAUAAGGUCAACUCCAUAUCCAGAAGGAAACAAUACUUCUAUUUUGUAGUAAAUAUGCAUAAUGUGCUGUAUGACUUUUAUAGUUAUAUAAUACAUAAAUUUAACUUUAUUUGUGUGCAUUUAGGUUCACCUAUGUGUGUGCAUAUCUGUGGAGGCCAGAAGAGGGUAUCAGAUCAUUCGGAACUGGAGUUACAGGUGCUUGUGAGCCAUGUGAGGUAGGUGCUUGGAUUUCAAACUCUGGUCCUCACAAUUGGGCCACAAGCACUCUUACCUGCUGAGCCAUCUCUCCAGCCCCUGUGUUGUAUUUAUUCUACUAUAAACGAUGUCUUGGUUGGCUAGCUAGUAAUGUAGCUCAGUGAUAGUGGACUCUCCUGACAGGAACAAGGUCCUGGGUUCAGUCCUCAGAAGCAUGGGGCUGGAUAUAUUAGCUCACAUCAAAUGUUUUGCGUUGUUUGGUUUGAAAAGGGUGUUUGGUUUGAAAGGGGUUCUUGCAUAGCCCAGGUUGACCUUGACCUUGUCUUAGAGCCAAGCGUGACCUUGAGUGCGUGAUCCUUCAGCCUCCACCUUCUAGAUUUCAGGUGUGUGCAGCUGUGGUUAGUUUUUACACUGUGAGGGAUCAAACCUGGGAAUUCAUGCAUUCUAGGCAAGCACUCUACUUAAUGGGGGUCAGCGGUCUUCUUAGCUGUCAAAUUGACUUGAUACGUUGAGAAUCUCAUAGGGCUCAAGACGUGUUAAAUAUUUCUCUCAUGAGUAGAAGAAUGUAAAGGGGGUCAGAUCUGUAAAAACGAAGCAGAGGUGUUGGGAUUGGCAUGUCAGAGCCUGGCGUGACGUUAAUGCUACUUUCUAAAAAACAGCGACUUUACAGCUUGUCUCUGCUGCUGGCUCCUUCUUCCUCCUUGUUUAUGCUUACGGGAGGGAGGCAGGAAGAUAAAGAGUCACCUUCACCCUAGCUACAUAUCCUGCAGCCACCAUUAGUGGAGAAAAGAGUUGCAGACUGGAGUAGUAAGAACAAAUUUCUCCAAUCCAAACUCCUAGGUCUGAUCUGGGAGAUCUGAUAGCUAAAGAGACUGCUGAUUCCUCUCUCUGCAAGAAGGUGGUCCUGUGGGAGAAGCUUUGGGCUCCUAGACAUGAGACUGUACGGAGCAUAUGCGUAAGCAUGUGAACAUGCGUGUGUGCACAGAUACAUUCAAGAACAAACCUAACACCUGAACCACAAGAAUUCUGUUCUUUAUAUUCUGAAGACUAAAGUAUAACUGGUUUCUCUCUUUUAAGUGUCUACAAAUUAAUUUUUAAAAAAUUGUUCUUAGUGAGCUAUACUUUUUCAAUUUAAUUAUUUUUUUUCCCAGUGGCUUUAUUCAUCUAUUUAACAUUACUUUAAAAUUGACCAGCAAUAGGCUCCAUCAUGGACAGGGGACGCUGGCAUUUCUUCCUAGUUGUGGAGAAGGUUCCAGUGCUAGAGUUUCAGCACAACCUUCAGAACCUGUGCAAGUUAAAACCAAGGCUGACUUAGACAGAGACGAUGAACACGCCCUGGACCAGGGCUUCAAUGUUAAAUGUGUUCUAGCUGUUCUUGCCUCAAGCAAUUCCUCACAAUGGCCUGUAGACAAGAACACUUUUACGCUUUUAGGGAGUAACCCCAAUUCUCUAAACAGACCUGGCUGCACAUCAAUCAAAACCAAAACUGAGAGAUAGCUCUUAGGGCAGUUUGCUUUUUUUGGUGGCGAGGGACACCUCGUCCUAUGCCAACUGAUUACAGUACACAGUGAACUUUACUUACCUUAUUUUUAUUCUGUCUUGUUUCUGUAGAAGAGCCUUCACCUUAGAGUUAUGCCAUUCUGGUUACCUUUUAGGAAGACCAGUGUGUGUGUGUGUGUGUGUGUUCCACUAUUUUUAAUUAAAAUUAUUAUUCUGUCUCUGUGUGGGUGGACCUCAGUAGGCAACUUUGUGGAGGAGGUUUCCUCCUUCCACCUUAUCGUGGGUUCUGGGGAAGAGACCCAGGUCUCUAGGACUAAAUAGCAAGUGCCUUUGUCCCAUGAGUCAUCUCUCCAGCCUUGACAUUUUCUUGAAAAAGCAAAUGUAUAAGCUUUUCCUUUCCUUGACUCUUAUAACCGAUCACGUAAACAUCCUGACAACUUCUGAGGGUUCAAGAGCUGACCUGUGCUCUAACGUAGUGCAGGGUCCUGGGCUGUUAGGGUCUUCCAGCUGACACCCAUCCAGCUUCAUUUUCAGUCCCGGGUUUUUCCUUGCCUGAGCUGCUCUAGAGUGCAUAGAAUAUGCACACACACCUAUCCAGUAGUGGUGAUCUAUCCUUUGUAGAAAAGUAUCUUUAUUAGCAACUUCCGGUUUCUAAGUCUAUGUUAGUUUUGUCCCCAUAAGAUGUUGGGAUUCUUGAAAACUGACUAGUGAGGCGUCCUUUGAAAGUGUGUGCUCUGCUUGGCUUUUCUUCUUCCUUUGCUAAUGCAGAGUGCUGGCCUCUCUUCUGCAGCCAGCAACCUCACUGGCUCCCAGGAAGCUCUCAGCCUUGCUGCUAAGAUACCUGUUCCUCCUGGGCCCUGACCUACAGCACACAGUGUACUCUCGAGCUCCCUCACAGCCCAGGCCCCUAGGAUACGGUGAAUUGUAUAACUCUCCCUUCUCUGGUUUGUUUCAGGGAAGCUGACAGGUCUGUAUGGGAAACCCUGCCAAGAGGUGCACUGAAAGAAACAACCCCACGGCCUCCUCCAAGGUCUGUGAGAUCCUGAUCGUUAAUCUCUGCGACACUCCCAAGGAAGAGACAGUGGGCAGGUUCUCUCAAGCCAGCUGUUUGCAGAUGAGGGGAUAGGGGCAGAUCAACUGGGCAGGCCUGAGUUGUGCAGUGUGGCGGAGAGCCUAGGAGUCUGAGGGGAGAAAAACCUAAAAUGCCUGAGGCUCCUGCCACUUGCAAACUCCGUUCUGGAAACUUCCACGCAGGCUGCAGCCUGCACAAAAGCAGGCUUGGCUUUGGCGGGACUGUUCAGCUUUUCACAGACUGGUAUUCAUACACAGUCAUCUUUGCGCUCCUUCUGCUUAGCACAGCACAAGAAGCUGGAUGAAUUUCAGUCCCUCAAAAAAAAAAAAAGUGUUUAAGAGAUCUCAGCUACAGCUCUUCUCUUGCAGAAAAGUUCUAACCACAUACCAUGACAUUCUUCUGGACUGUUUGCUUGGCUUCCCAGGGCCCUCAUCCUCACAGAAGCUUAGUGUAGGGACCAAAGAGAUAGAGGCUGACAGCAGCUUAGUGCACACAAACGACAUGAUUCUGCUUUCAUCUUUGAUUUUUCUUUGCUUUUAGUAUUGUUUUGGUUUCUAGAUUUGAGACAGAAUUUUAGUCUGCAGCCCAGGCUACCCUGGAACUGACUAUAGAGCCCAGGCUGUCCUCCAAGUUUCCAUCCUCUUGCCUCAGUCGUCCUACUGCAGGGAUCACAGGUGUGCACUGCUGUAUCUGGCUGGGUUUUGUCUUCUCAUCACUCAUUACCUUCCCUGAAAAGUGGCUUGCCUGCACACAGGGCUUAGUAAGCGCUAUUGAAUAGAGCAGAUGAGUAAUUCUCCUACAAUAUGGUCUACUGCGUGAAGAGCAACAUCCACGAUGCAAUAGUGGAUGGAAUGAACAAAGAUGAGAGAAAGAAAACAAACCAAGUUAUCAAAGCAGAGGCAUUGGUAAGAAAAUAAAAAUGAAGGGCUGGAGAGGUGGCUCAGAGGUUAAGAGCACUGGCUGUUCUUCCAGAGGUCCUGAGUUCAAGUCCCAGCAACCCCAUGGUGGCUCACAACCAUCUGUUAUGAGACCUAGUGCCUGCUAUUGGCCUAUAGGAUAUAUGUAGGCAGAAUACUGUAUAUGUAAUAAAUAAAUAAAUCUUUAAAAAAAAGAAAAGAAAAAUGAAAACCGCUCUCUGCCGCUUGGUUCUCUUCCUUCCAAGAUGGCAUCCAACACCUCUAUUGCACAGUUUAACUCUAUCCUGCGCGUUAUACACUCCAGGAUGGGUUCGUUUUUCAUGUGUUUAUCAAGGUCUCGCCUUAAGAACCCCAAAAUCCUGCUGCAAAUAAGAUUCUAUAUAUCCAGAAAGCAAAACCAAAAACUGAAACUCUGUCUGUGCAAUGAAUAACUUUUGUUAAAGAUGAUCCCCAGAGAGCUCUCAAGACUUGUUCUACCGGGCUCCCUUCAUCUUAAUACCUAAGGAGACGGACACCCGCAACUCCCCAGGGUACAGACGAGAAAACUCGGUUUUAGAAUGUUAGCUGGGACCACUCACCUACAAACCGUAUCCUGAGUUCAAAUCCAGGUAGUGAUCCCAUGAAAGUCACUCCCAAGUUCCGAAGGACGUGAGAGCGUCCACUGAAUGAACGACUGGCUGAAACUGCACUUGUGUCUGUGAGUGAGCGGCACUGCUGGGUUUUGCUGUCCAGGGUGUUUUAUGCUCUUCAUCCCCCCCCCCCCGCAUUUUUUGGCUUUGGAGCCUGUCCUGAAACUCACUCUGUGCACACAGAGAUCCGCCCGCCUCUGCCUCCCGCGUGCCGGGGUUAAAGGCGUGCGCCACCACCGCCCGGCUCAUGUUCUUCAUGUCUAUGAAUGGCUUAUGGGGGGGGGAGGGGAAGGACAUCUGGCUAAAGCAUGGAGCAAGAUGUGUAGGGUUGGGAUUGUGAAGAUCAAAUAAAAACAUGACCAUAGAAGACUCCUGAGGAAUACAAAGUAUCCAACAGAGGAGUAAGAAUGUUCCUCCUGUAAAAAUGGCAGUCGAGGUGCUAUGUGUAACAUUUCUCAGUAGCCCAGACUACUAAUGUAACUCAAAAUACCUAUUCACCUAGCCAAAGGGCACACACCUGUAGCUUGUGAAUGAGCUACCUUCUCAGGCCUGACCCACAGAACUGAGUUAUAUUAGUGAUUCCACAUUUAACUCCUCGCUUUUCUGACUUAUUUUUGGGCCACGGCUUUCUUGGUUUUGUGGUUCACGGUUUGGUUAUGACUUCGUCUGUGAUAAGAACUGAUGGUGUCGUGGUAAACAGGGCAGCAUGAACUCGCAGGUGGUGGCCCCGUGAUUAGCAGGCUUCCAGGCAGUGUCAGGUGUCUUCCCUGAUCGCGGAGAGACACACGGAUCCAGCUGUCUUCAAUGAUUUCCCUCAAGGUAUUUUCAGCGCUGACGCUGAGUUCUGUAAGGUUAGGAAAGCAGACUAACAUCUUGGCAGGCAGACAGGGAAAGAGGCCAUAGGUAAACAAGCAGAUGGCAAACUCCCUGCUUCUUCAUCACCUUCUUCAUCAUCAGGAAGCCCCUGCCCCCAACCAGGUACACCCCCGUUCUGACUGACCUGGGUAUCUCUCAGUUUGCACGAAGCCGUAAGCCGGUCAACCACUCCUCCUUUUAAAAUGACCAGUUGGAAAUCAUGGGAGGAAGACCAAGACCACUCCCCCACCAGCCCCUCCCUAACUCCACCGCUUGGAGCCAGUCUGAGAAUCUGCACUUGUGGGGAGUCGCCCCUCUGUGGGUGCGUGAGUAUGUCUUCAGUUUUAACAACGCUUGCUGUCUGCGCCAGAGAUUCUUCCUGCCCUUUCAUUCCUUGAUUAACAGAGAAAACAAAUGUAGUCAAGAUCCCUAUAGUUAGAGACAAGCUGCUGAGUUCAAAGCUCUUGGAAGCCUCAGCUUCACUUGUCCUGAACUGCACUUACCAGGAAAAUCACAGUAAGGGCUAUGGACGAACGAAAUGACCGAAUUUCCUCUAAAAGAGGUUGGAUGAAAAUUGGCCACACUUUUUUGAUUGGACUAUUUCACGUUUGAAAGGGCGAUAUAGGAGACACCCUGUAGCCGCUGCCCACUCUCUCAUAGUCUAAGAGAAAACCGGGAUAGAAGAAAAGCAUGCAAGAAGGCCCUCAUGGGCGAAAGGCAAACAUUGGCUUGACCCUUCGCUAUGGAAGUUAACUGACAACAGGAAGGAAGCUAUUAACCCCGCUCCUCUCCUCCUCUCGCCCUGGUGACAGCCAACAACUCCUCCUCCCAGGCUGAGACCUUGGAGCAAAAAAUGCAAAGGAGCGCCUAGCUGCCUCGUCUCUGCGCUUCUCCCCGAGGGAGGAAGACGCGAGAGAGGAGAGCGCAGCCUGAAGCCAAGUUCAGUUGGUUUGUGACUCGAGCCUGAACGUCCAGAAGACUCCCAGGGCUCCAGCAUCCUCCCGCUGGCCGCGCAAGGCAGGCACCCCUUUGACAAGCUUGAGUCUCCCCUUUUCUCUGCCCAAGUUUGACUGCGGCCCCGCAGGUGGUGCAAACGCCCCAGCUCUCCGGCGCCCCCUGCUGGCGAGAGGGAAGGCGGCCGCGGCCGCGGAGCUUCUGGGCACAGCGCAGGGAGAGAGCUCCGGUGCCGAGAAGAAGCCGCGAGCUUCCCCGAUGGUGCCGCCGCCUCCUCCGUGCCGGGGAGGAGCAGCCAAGGGGCAGCUGGGCAAGAGCCUGGGGCCGCUGCUGCUACUCCUGGCGCUGGGACACACGUGGACCUACCGAGAGGAGCCAGAAGACCGUGACAGAGAAGUGUGCUCGGAAAACAAGAUCGCAACGACCAAAUACCCCUGUCUGAAGUCUUCGGGCGAGCUUACCACGUGCUUCAGGAAAAAAUGCUGCAAAGGAUAUAAAUUUGUUCUUGGACAGUGUAUUCCAGAAGACUAUGACAUCUGUGCCCAGGCUCCCUGUGAACAGCAGUGCACGGAUAACUUCGGCCGAGUGCUCUGCACGUGUUACCCAGGAUACCGAUACGACCGCGAGAGACACCAAAAGCGGGAGAAGCCGUACUGCCUGGAUAUUGACGAAUGUGCCAGCAGCAACACUACUCUGUGCGCGCACAUCUGUAUCAACACCAUGGGCAGCUACCACUGUGAGUGCCGGGAGGGCUACGUCCUUGAGGACGAUGGGAAGACCUGCACCAGGGGAGACAAAUACCCCAACGACACUGGGCACGAGGAGAAGGCCGAGAAUGAGGUGAAAGCUGGGACGUGCUGUGCCACGUGCAAGGAGUUCUCCCAGAUGAAGCAGACGGUGCUGCAGCUGAAACAGAAGAUUGCUCUGCUUCCCAACAACGCUGCGGAACUGGGCAAGUAUGCCAAUGGUGAUAAGGUGCUGGCCUCAAACGCCUACCUUCCAGGACCUCCUGGCCUGCCUGGGGGGCAGGGCCCACCGGGCUCACCAGGACCCAAGGGGAGCCCUGGAUUCCCUGGUAUGCCAGGCCCUCCUGGACAGCCUGGCCCACGGGGCUCAAUGGGACCUAUGGGACCAUCCCCUGACCUGUCUCACAUUAAGCAAGGCCGGAGGGGCCCUGUGGGCCCACCGGGAGCACCAGGAAGACAUGGCUCCAAGGGGGAGAGGGGAGCACCUGGGCCUCCAGGGUCUCCGGGACCCCCGGGUUCUUUCGACUUCCUGCUGCUUGUGCUGGCUGACAUCCGAAACGACAUCACCGAGCUGCAGGAGAAGGUGUUCGGACACCGGACUCACUCUUCAGCAGAGGACACCCCCCUACCUCAGGAAUUUUCCAGCUACCCGGAGACCCUGGACUUUGGCUCUGGGGAUGACUACCCCAGAAGAACUGAAGCAAGAGGCUCCGAGGCCCCCAGAAACGUUUAUCCAUAGCACAGUCCGUCUUCAUAUCACCAGGAGAAAAGCAUGGCUUUGUCCAGUCAUAGCGUCUGGAGAAAGUUACCACUGGAGGCCUAAAGCCCUUGGGCUGUCUUCCUGCCCUCUCUUUUUAGUCUGCUUCCCAAGUGUCCUGCACGUCCCACCAGCAACAGGACAUGAUGGUUCUUGAAGAGCUGCUGGGUGGCUUAACAGCCUAGUUUUUCUGGAGCUUCUGAAUUUCUAAAUUCAUUGUUCCCACAGACAGAGUUCCAAAAGGGAGAAAAUGGCAAAGUGCGCUCUUAGAGGUGUAAUAAGGCCCAUUCUAAAAGCAAGUUAUGUUCAAAAUACUUGGCUAUUCACCCUCUGCUGUCGGGAGUAUGGCUCUUCAGUUGAGGGGAGGAUGAAGAAGGAGCACAAAGUAGAUUGAUGUUGGUUAAAAAAAAAUGACUUUUCCUUAGCAACAUCACAGAUUUCAAAUUCUGAAUCCUAUUUUUCGGUCUUUUUUAAAAUAUAUGUAUAUUUCUGUAACCAAUACAGAAACAAAAGAAUAGAAAAGAAGUACAAAAUGUACUGGUGGCCAGAGGUGCCAUCAGGUCCUGAUUCUGGCUAAAUCAAGGCUGGAGGGAAGUUGCUGGCCUGGAAUCUCGGCAGAGGGUGACGGAGAGGCAUUGAAGAAGGGCUUCACUAAAGCUAGGUCACCAGAGGCGGGUUAAUCUGCUCUUAAGAUAUCUGGAGUCCUCAUCCAGAGUCGGCUAAGUGGUGCCCUGGGAAUAACACACAGCUGAGAGGUCUCUUAGAUAGAGGAGGGCAAGGAAUUCUAUCCAAUCUGGCAUAAUUUCCCACCAUUUUCUCCCGAUUUAGUUAACAUUCCUGAUCUAGAUCUCCUUGACUCUCUCCUGGACCAGGUGGAGAUGGCUCGGGGAGAAGCACAUUCCCCGUGUCUCCCUGAGUCCUUUCUAGAGCACUUCUAGAUCCCCAGGGAAACGUGUUCCCAGAAAGGAGCAAGGGGCCAGGUUCUUUCGUGUCUUUGGGUUCUCUUGAGCUACCCAAGGGAUCUUGUUCACAUGGUUACCUCUGUUUGCUACCCUCAGUGUCCCCUUUAUUUCUAAGAAGUUUCCCUUUAGCUUUUCCCCAUAGCCUUUGAGCCCCAUCUUCUCCCCACCCCUAUGUGACAACUGGUCGGGAGAAAACUGCUAUUGGGGUUUGCAUGACCCUGCACUGUCCGUUCUUCUUCCGGAGAAGGGGAUCUGUCGACAGAGGCCAGGUGGCCCAAUGGGCUUUCGCUUCCCCUCCCAUCCCUCUCUUCUCUCUCUUCCUCUCCCUUUCCUCCUUCCUUCAGUCCCUUUACUUCUCUUGCUUUCUUCCCUCCCUCCAUCCCUGCUCGCCUGCUGACCCCCUUCCCACCCACUCAUGCCAGAUCCCCAGUGGCUGUCCACCAUCAGGUCAUGGUUAAGGCAAACACACACUUGCACAGCUUGCUUGCUGUCUCUUCCUCCUCCCCCCUCCGUCUCUCCAGAACCUGAGGCCCACCCCCAGAUGGCCUUGUCAACCGUGGGUUCCUGGGGAGAUAGAUGCACCCACAGUCAAGUCCCACCUGGACUCUAUUUAAUGCUUGCCUGCUUAUAGAACCCAGAGUUUAAAGGGUGUGGAUGGAUGGAGUCUCAAAACUAUGCAAGGCUCUAUGAGCAAUGAUUAUGUCCAUCCUUUUUAUGAGGAAUUUUAUAACCUCUGUUUUUUCUAGACAGUGAAAUGUGUGUAGAAACAUAAUCUUUAUUGCUGAAUGCUGGUAAAAUACAAGCACACUCCACGCUGGGCCAGAGGCCAGGAUAAUGUACUAAAAGAAUGAAGUGCAAGUCAUAAUAGCUGGGAUUCAUGAGUCUCUCCUAGAUAAUUCUCUCCAGUAAAACACACAAGAGCCUGUAUUUGGUAACCUCAAUCUGCUGGACCAUGUCAGUUUAGGUAAUCAUUACUCCUCAGAUUUUCAAAACUUGGACUACUAACUAUAAGACCAAAGUAUGUCCUCUACUUGUCAAGAUCAUUGGGAAUUUUUAGUGAAAAAGCAUUAUUGCUUAUGUAGCUUUUGGAUAGAAAAAAAAUCAAAGCUUUACUAUCUAAGCAAACUUCUGCUCAAAAUACCAUGGGAAGACCUUUGGGAGGAAAGACAGUACAAAACAGAUUUACUGAAUCACUUCAUAUCUCAUGACAAAAAAAGUUUUGUUUUUUAAUACCUCCAUCAACCCUUUGGUAGAAUUGUUCAAUUUUUCUAAUAUCCCCACAAGUAAGACUUAGCAAUAAAUUGCCUCUGUGUUAUAAAGAAUUGAGAAUAAAAACUCACUGAAAAAAUAUAAGGAAGACAUGCAUUUUAGUUCAGAAAAACUAUUCUCCCUUCCCAGUUCCCAAGGGAAAAUUAGCUUUCCUGUGCCCCAAAAAAAAGUUAUUAGGAGCCAGAUGCUGUGGUAUACACCUGUAACCCUGGCACCUGAGAAGUGGUAAUGGGCAGGUCAGGAGUUCAAAAUCAGCCUCAGCUACAUAACAAGUUCAAGGUCAGUCUGGGCUAUACAAGAGCCUUUCUCAAAAUAAUAAUAAUGAUAAUAUAAUAAUGAGUAGGGUACUGGAGAAAUGACUUAGCAGUUAACGAUGCUUGCUGCUCUUCCAGAGGGCCAGAAGUCAAGUUCCAGCUCCUGCAUCAGGCAGCUCACAAACUUCUAUAACCCCAGUUCCAGGUGACCUACUACUGCCCUCUCCUGGCCUCUGUGGCAUCUGCACUCACAUGCACAAAUAUACACAUAGAUACACACAGAGAUAAUGUAAAAGUCUUUUUUUUUAAGGAGUGGGUAACAAAGGGGAUAUUGGCUUUUCUUGUUUUCUAUGUUACUCUCCAAUACUUGCUACAGAAUUAACUAAAGUCAUAUUUCUGUGUAGAAUCCAUCAUCUAAGAGGUAAAUAAUAAGUGUUUAUUGACCUUCGAGGGAAAGGAAUAUAACCUCACCCAAAGACCAGGUGUAGAGCACCCAGCUAGGUCCAGAUAGGUCAUGUCCUCUUUCCAAGGUUCUGAACAGCCUUGGCCUUGGGACAGAUCUUCAAGACCAGCCAUCAUAUUUUAUCUUGGGGGUCUCAGGAAGCAACUCCCUAUCUUAUUUUGAACAUCAUUUCCCUCCUUUUCCCUUAUCCCGGCUGCCUCACAGAGUCAGCCUUGGCCACCAACUCCCACAAGCCGCAAAGUGAUCUGCCAGACAGCUUUUCUGAAGGGGAAAGUUAUUUGCUGGAAUCUGAGCCAAACAAUUAGUAGAAUAGAGCUGCCUAAAGUUAUCCGUCAUGUAUUCAUGGAAACGGAUGCAUUGUUUCCCAACACAGCAAUCACAUGUGUUCACAGCAUUUCACAGAUAAUUUUCUAUUGGGCUACGAAGACAAGGGCUGCAAAUGUUAAAGAUGAAAUGACAUGCUUUAUAUACUUCUGCAAAUGUUAUGGUCAGAGAGAAACCAUGAAAAGGGCGAUUGGGCUACACACCCCUCACGAAGCUCAGCACGUUUUGUCAGAUUCCCAGAGGUUGGUCCCUGAGGGGUUUGUGGGUCCGUUUUUACUUCCCAGUGACUGGUCAUAUACUUCAGUAUCUUUAUCCAUUAUUUAUAUCAGAUAUAUAUAUCAGUCAAAUUGAUAUUCCAAUACUCAUGGAUGUAAUACUAUGAAGUGCUUUUGUAUGACUGUAUAUGCUUAAUAACAAAGUUAUUUUUCUUA